AUGGGGAAUCCGAGAAGGAUCCGGAAGAGGGUUCGAGCAAUCCGUCGAGCUCCCGAUGGAAGUGCCUUUUGGAAAAUUAAAUGCAAUUCCUGUGGGGCUUCGGUCCCCAUUGCUUUGGCUGGGAUGCACGAGCGCGAAUUCAACGAGAACGUGAAGAGGUUCAGAGGCGUUAGCGUGGAUGUUAAGAAACAGAGCAUUUGGGACCAGCUUGUAAUCAUGGCCCCUUUCCAUUUCUUGAAAGAGUUUACCAAGGCAAGCAAGGCUGGAAAUUGGGUUGCCAUUAAUCGAGAAGGGUUUGAGGCAUGGAAGAACGACAAGGCUUACUGGCUUACCAGAAAGCUUUGCUUGAAGAAGCAAAUGAUAAGUUUAAGCCACAGUUUUCCGAAGACUACGAGAAUUCUGAUGGCUCUGAUGUAUUUUGGGAUCACUCUGCUACAACUGGAUCUUGGCACACCUACCAUCGGCCAAUGGUGCAUGAGUUCACCUCAUGGAACUGGAAAAUGGUGCAUGGUUUUUGAGGAUUCGGAAGCUAAGAAAUCGCCUUUUUUAGCUGAUCGUUUAUGGGGGUAACGGAAGCCCCUCCAAUCGAUCAAACAAAAAAAGUGAUUCAGUCCGACUCAAGCGAGUGAGCGAAAGGCGGGGAAAGAGAGCGAGUUCGACUCGUCAUUUCUGAGAUUACUUUUUCCCAUUACCUGUUUCUUCAAAGGCAAGUCAUUUGGCUAUUGUACAGUAAGUAACAAAAGGGUGGUUAAUUUCCUAUGUAGAGUUGAAGGUUUCACUUUUUGAUGUGAAAUACUUGAGACCCAGACGUUUUGUGUUCAUAAUAUGGUCUCGAGAAUGUUUUGCCUUGCACUUAUGUAACAAGAAGUUUCAAAUUUUACCGCAUUUGGCUAUAAAUUUGUGAUCUUAUUUACGUUGUUC